CAGAUCUUGACUUUACCACUUCAAAAAAGACCGUCGUGCUGGACACACUCCCAUGGACUCCUCACCAAUCGCGGAUGUUCGUACAGGCAUUGUUUCCAUCAUCCAGGAGUUUGCAGAGGCGUACGAGUUGUUCAAAAGGUGGCGCAAAGGAAGAGCCGGAAAGAAGGCUGUGGGACAAGAAGAAUGCGAAACGUCACUACACGAAGGACAAACGACGAUAGAAGGGACAUUCAACCACUUGUCUCUUCAACAUGGGGCAAGAUUCCACUCCGGUGAUAAAAAAUCCCUAGAUAGCAUAAGAAACAUUCGAAAGAGAUUCCGCGACGCUGUUGUCGACGUAUUGACAAGUUCCGUGGCCGAGAAGGGAGGAAAUAACGCCAAAAUCAAUCCCAUUGCUCUUCGAGAAGCUUCAGAGGCGGCGAGGAAGGAUACGAUCCUGACGAUGGACGAGCUGUCGAAUCUCAUCUUGACCGGGACUGCCGGCCCCUUCCGAGCGACGGAUCCUGGAGAUAUUUUGCCUCCUAUGCCACUUCGGCCUGUGCGACCUCCUCAACCACCUGGAGCAAAUCUAAACUCCAGCCAAGCGUCGCUUGGACGCCCUCCCGCAGGAAGUGCAUCUUCGAGUCAAACGACGUUGAACCCUCAGACCGAUCAGACUUCGGUUGGUAAUCCUGUCCAAGGGAGCGGAAGUGCUAUUUCAAGCCAAACAUCGUUGGGAGUUCUUUUUGCCCCGAGUCCUCAAAGAAGUAAUAUAUACUCGCCAGCUUCCGGCUGGAAAAUGCCCAAAUUUGAAGAUACGGUGGACUCCAGUACUUCCCUGGUUAGAACUAGCAGCUCUUCUAGAUCGGCAUUAAACUGGAUGUUCCCUCCAAAACCCGUUCGCUCAUAUUACGACAUAACUCCUCUCGAACCAACGCCACCUGUGGUGCCGAGCUUCACAUGCAAUGAAGAUCCAAGCGACGUCUUGCAAGAUGGGGAAGCAGCCGUGCAGAGAUUAUGGGCUGUUGCAAAUAACACAAUCGUAGAGGAACGGCCGGGAUUAUACCUUCACUCUGCGCCUCUGCUCCAGGGUCCGUGGGCAAGCAUAUGGGAAGACGAGCCUGAACCUCGUCCAAGAACGCCUCUUCUGUACGAGAGAGAGGUAAGACCGAUACCAGAAGCGACCAGCCCUUCGCUGCUCCUGAGCCCUGCACGCCUUGGAAAUAGGCCUGCUUCAGCCCAGGCUGGGAAGAGGGUUCGCAGCGAGCCGAUGUUAGAAUUUUCGACUCCAGCUUCACGAUUUAGGAGACAUGUGAGUGGGCCGUCAGACGCACGUGGUGGAUAAUUGGUUUUAGUUGCAUAGAGGAGGCUGCUGCUUGUUAAGAUAGUAGGCUCAAGUAAUUUUACUUAAUAUAGAG